GCCGCGGUGGCCUGGCGUCCGCUCGCCAGGUUCCCCGCGCCCGACCGUCCUUCGCUUUCUCUGCACGCUCGCCCGCCCGCGCCCACCAUGGCCACCAUUCAGCAGCUGGUAGGAAGAUGGUGCUUAGUAGAGAGCAAAGGCUUUGACGAAUACAUGAAGGAAGUAGGAGUGGGGCUAGCUCUGCGAAAAAUGGGUGCAAUAGCCAAACCGGACUGUAUCAUCACUUCCGACGGCAAAAACCUCACCAUAAAAACUGAGACCACUUUGAAAACAACACAGUUUUCCUGCCUCCUGGGAGAGAAUUUUGAAGAGACUACAGCUGAUGGCAGAAAAACUCAGACUGUCUGCAACUUUACAGAUGGCGCAUUGGUUCAACGUCAGGAAUGGGAUGGAAAGGAAAGCAUAAUAACAAGAAAAGUGGAAGACGGAAAAUUAGUGGUGGUAUGUGUCAUGAACAAUGUCACCUGUACUCGGGUCUAUGAAAAAGUAGAGUAAAAAUAUCAUCAUCAUUUUGGAUAGGAGGCUGAGAGGAUGAACAAGCUCAGUUCAAUGAGCAAAUCUCCAUACUGCUUUUUUUUUUCAUUACUGUGUUCAAUUAUGUUUAUCACAAACAUUUUACUUUAGCUAUUUCAAAGUGUUGGUUUAAUUAGGAUCAUCUCUUUGGUUAGUAAAUAAAUCUGUUUGUGCUAUA